AUGUCAAGAAUCAUAGGCUUAAAGAAUGAUAUACUCAUUUCUAGUACACCGGAAACUGAUAACAAGAACUGGAAAAGUCUUCUAAAGACAGCAAAAACUAAUAAAAUUCAAUAUUCAAAUAUCGAUAAUGAUCUAUUAAAAGAACAUUUUAAUCCAAAUGCAAACAUAAUACCAACCGAAAAUGCAUUUGCAGGUUAUAGGAUAUGUAAAAGUUGUGGGAAACCCAUUUUACUAAACUCAAUUAUUGAUCAUAUACAGAACCAUUGCCCCGGAUCUACUGGAGGUUCUACCUCAAGUAGUAGCCCCAAUCUACUGGCUGAUAGGGAGAGCGCAUCAAAGACACUACCUGGUACCUAUAAAGAAAACAGUGGUAGACCUUUAAAUGGGUUUUCUGUUGCUGGUAAUGGUAAUAGUGGAAAUUCAGAAGGCUCUUUGAAAAAUAAUAUAUCACAAUCGAAUGUUAAUGAUAAUGACUCAAACAGAACAGGUUCGACGAAGAAUAGUACUAGAAGGGAAGAAGAUGAUGAUGAGGAUGAUGACGACGGUGAGGAUGAAGAUGAUGACGACGGUGAGGAUGACGAGGAUGACGAAGAUGACGAUGAUGAUGACGACGACGAGGAUGAAGAUGAUGAAGACGAUGAUGACGAUGACGAUAUAAACUCAUCUAUGAGAAGUUCUUCGUCGGGUAAAAAAAGACCUCCUCCUAUAUCAGGUGAGUCACCAUCUUCUACUAAAAGGACAAAGAUGCAUAAUAAAAAGAAGAAACAAAGGAAUAUUAAGCAAAGGAACCCCACAGACAAACAUCUGAUAGAUUUUGACAAACAAUGUGGUGUAGAUUUACCAGAAGGUGGAUACUGUGCCAGGUCCUUAACCUGUAAAUCACAUUCCAUGGGUGCCAAGAGAGCCGUAGAAGGCAGAACGAAGACAUUUGAUGAAUUACUGGCAAAUUACCAUAGAGAACACCAAACCAAGAUCGGUGCAGCUGCUGAAAAACGUGCCAAACAACAGGAAUUACAAAAGAUUCAGAAAGCGCAACUAAAGGAACAAAAGGAACAAAAGAAAUUACUACAACAGAAACAAAGGCAAAUUCAAAAGCAGACUAGAAAUAAAGAGAAAAAUACAAAUACAAGUAGGACCAAGGCUUCCUCUAAUAGCAAAGCGAAUGCGACAAAAACUACAAACACUUCUAUUCCGGUUCUAACACCAGAGGAAGAGACGACCCAAGUAUUAAAUGGUGUUUCAAGGUCUUUCCCAUUACCACUAGAAACUACAGUACUUUCAUCAACCAGAGUUAGGACCAAGUAUAUCCGAAUGAGGGAAAUGUUUGCUUCAGCAUUUUCAAUAAAGCCUGGAUUUACAUCGCCUGGUUAUGGUUCCAUACAUUCUCGUGUUGGAUGCUUAGAUAUAGAUAGAACUACUGACUAUAAAUUCCGCAUCCGUAUACCUCAACCCGUCAACCCAAUAACAGGAACUUCGAACCUCACUCCUCAACAAAUACAAAAAUUGCAACAACAUAGAAUGCUACAGGCACAGAUGUUGGCAAAACAACAGCAGAAUCAGGGACAGAAUUCCAACCAAUCGUUUCCAAUUGCAGUCAACUCAGGUAAAGUACCGAACAGUGUAUCGAAUGCUGGUGCUAGUAAACCCCCGCCAGAUAACAGCACACAAGAAAAGGGACUGACACCUCAGGAGAUUCAACUACAGCAACAAAAAUUGCGUCAACAACAACUUCAGCAGCAGAAGUUCGAGGCAGCAGCUUUUCAUCUUGCAAACGCGUCAAAAUUGAUGCAAAAUACGAGUAAUGGUGGAUCCCCAGUUGCUGUUAAUAAUGGGAGUCCAGAACAUGACGACAAUAACUCUUCAAACAAACAGAAUUCACAGGUUGGUAGCCCUAAUAGUGGUAGAGUUAAUGUCGGACUUGGUAAUCAAGUUAAUAAUUAUGGCGGAAGGGUCAAUUAA